AUGCCACUGGAUUGGGAAAUAAACUGGAGGGAGCAUCGGCCGAGUAUAAAAACUCGACAUAUCUUUGGGAUGGUACUCGAUUCUUCAUCGAAACAUCACACGGCUAACAUGAAACUACUACUCGUCAUUCUGGCCUGCCUGGCAGCCUCCUCGGCCGUGCCUGUGGAGAAGAAAAAGAGGGACAUCCUGCCAGGCGAUCCCCGUUAUGGAACUGAUCAACAUCAUCAUCAUCACCACCACGAAAACGUGGUCGAAAAUGCACGAGGGUCCACCCAUGCCCAUCUGCCCUCCAACAGCUACGGACCUCCAGGAUAUCAACCGGGUACUCCUUUGAACAACGAAUUCGUGACACCAACCUCUGACGUAAUUCAGUAUUCAACUCCGUCUCCUCAAUUGACCAACACGUACAUACCGGUAAAUGCGGAAGUGAAGAAGACGGUGACGACUGCGACAAUUUCUGUCCCUGUUGAGAAGACCAAUUUUGUGAAAGCUGCACCGCCUGCAACUUCUUAUGGAACUCCAGUGGUCCAUCACACCGCGAACACGCUUGAUACAUCCGGCGAUUCUCGCGUUGAAACCACGCUGAAGACAGUAAAAACCCAACUCCAAGAUCACCAGUUCUUGAAUGUCCCAUCUCCGCAAGUGAAGAUCGCCCAACAAGCGCCCGUCAGUAAAGGAGUCGCACAUUAUGCCACCGGAGUGAAGAGCUUACAGGCGGAUACCCUGUUCACUGAUAACUUACCCACCUUCCAAUCGUCGAUUGGAGGAUUCUACAACGCGCCUAGUUACAGUCUUCCAACCACCGUUUACACGAGCCUCCAACCAUCUUACAGUACCUUUCACACUGGAUUCACUGGUCUGGGAGUGGAUUACCCUCUGAGAACCCUGAGCCACCAGGUCCAGUUCCAACAACCUCUAACUGCUCAUUUCAGUAACGCGAUUCCAACCAGCUACUCUUUCCCACAAACCAGCUACCAAUUGCCUCAGACUCUCACACAGCAGUUCGUGCAACAUUCUGAACCAUCCGUGAGCACGGUGCAGAAUUAUUCACCAGUGCAGACACAGACCAAGGUUCAACCAGUGCAGCAGAAUCUGGAGACCGUGACCCAUGUGGAGCCAGCACACCACAAGGUGGAAACUCUGGCUCCAGUUCACAAAGUGCAAUCGGUGGAAGUGUUGCCUCAACGCACGGUGGUCGAAUCAGUGAAGACCAACGCGGCACCAUUGACCCACACCCAAGUCCAGAAAGGUCCUAUCGGUGAUUUCUUCCAGAAUUUCUCGGAGAACUUCCCUUCUUUGCCCUCGUUUCCCUCGCUACCUUCUUUACCUUCUUUACCUUCGUUCCCCUCGUUACCUAGUUUACCUACAUUUCCGUCAACCCCGGCACCACAGAUAGAAUCAGCUUCGCCAGUCACCACUCAGGUGUUCGAGAGCAAAGAUUCCAUCGCCAUCGAGAACCCCUUAUUGCCCUCCGACAACAACCUGAAGGGUACCGUUGUACAACACGUCACCCCAGCUAACGAGUACGUUCAGCCGACGGCCGCGAACGGGGGAUACGUUUAUUGA